UGAAAACCCCAACGCCUGCAACCCUCUUCGUUAGCUGGGUCCUGCAAACAGCGGAACGAAAGGCAGACGGUUUUCUGUUGCUGGGGCGGACGCGGGCCCGAUCUGUCCGUCCUUUCAAGUUUCCCCUAAGGUUGGGACCUAGACGUGCGGCAAAUUCAUGUUCUCUGGCACCAUAGUGGUCGUCGCUGGCCCGAAUUAGAAAUCAACUGCGAAUUCUUCGUGCCUCAGAUUUGUUGACCUACAGAAUGCUUCGGUACCCAUAUUUUUGUAGAAUCUAUAAAGAAUUUCUUUCAUGCUGGUUGGAAUCUGGCAUAUUUAAUUUAGGUGUCUGGCCAAACAAAAUACAUGAUACAGCACAAAGAAAUAAUGAAUAUGAAGCCCAGGAACAAACAGAUCAAACUGGAACUCAGGAGAAACACAGAUCUCAAGAUAGAGAUUUCGAAGCUAUAGCUAAAUUACAUAUUCCCGUAAUGGUGGAUGAAGUUGUUCAUUGUUUGGCACCACAAAAAGGCCAGAUUUUUCUAGAUAUGACAUUUGGUUCAGGAGGACACACAAGAGCCAUUCUACAGAAGGAGUCAGACAUUGCUCUGUAUGCCUUAGACAGAGACCCAGCAGCUUAUGCAAUAGCUGAACAGCUUUCAGAAUUGUAUCCUAAACAGAUCCGAGCUAUGCUAGGCCAGUUCAGCCAGGCAGAAGCCUUAUUAAUGAAAGCUGGAGUGCAGCCAGGAACUUUGGAUGGAGUUCUUUUGGAUCUUGGGUGUUCCUCCAUGCAACUUGAUGCUCCUGAGAGAGGUUUUUCCCUUCGGAAGGACGGCCCCUUGGACAUGAGAAUGGAUGGUGGCAGAUCAACAGGCACUUGCAUCCAUCCUGAGAACAUACGGGGAGGAGAAGCAUGCCAAGAAAAUCGCUUCAGCAAUCGUUCAGGCACGCAGCCUCUACCCCAUCUCCAGAACCCAGCAGCUUGCCAGCAUCGUUGCAGACCUGGGGUAAUCCAGGGAGCAAGCAGGUACAUUCAUCAGAACCAUGACUGUGGUCUUAUACCAACGAUUACCUGUCCACAGCCAAACAGUGUGAUCUGUGAUAAGCUAAUUGCUUCAUCCCAAGCUGCUCUUCCCUUAGGGAUUAUGCGACUUUUAGAAAAGAAAGAAAAAUCUUUCUUUUGUUGCCUUGGUACAUAUAAGGUUUAUCUUUCCACAGUAACCAAUAAUAGCUUAUGCCUCAGUUUGUAUCUGAAAUCAUCCUUUUCCAGCAAAUUUUUUGUUAAUCUGGAGAGAAACAAAGUACAAAAUAAAUAAAGUGCAGCAUUCAUUAAGAAAUAGUCAUUGCCAUCAAAUUUUAGUGGAACUGUUUCCUGAUGAAGUUAGUGAGAUUAGCUUGCCAUCCCUUUAUUGUUUUAAUAACCUACAUGUUGCUUCCUCCAUCUUCCCCAAAAAGCACUCUGAAUACUAAUAUUGCCAUGAUUAAGAAAUAAAUGAAGUUGUCAGAGAGUUCAGUUGUCACUCUGGUGGAAAAUGGUAUGGUCAAACCUAUAGUUAAAUUUGGAUGGCUUGCCAGUGAGUCAUAGUUGUCAUUGUCACUGCCUAUGAUAAUGCACUUAUUCUGUCGUUUAAAUCUCUUGAGUCCAAUCUGUUAUAUACUGUGUACAUUAGUAUGGUAACUUCAUGCCAACUAAAUUAUCAAAUGACAUUUUGUAAGUAAACUUAUUUCUUAUUUUAAUAAGUAAUGUUUCCAAGAGACAUUCUGUACAAGAAGCCCAACUCAGAAAAGAAUGAAAUGUG